CCUGGCCUGGCAUAGGCCUGCACACUCUCAGUAGACACUCUGUCUCUCUCUCUCUCUCUCUCACACGUUCUCCAACCCAAGGACGCCAGACAGAGGGACGUGGUCACUCUCUGAAAGGUUCAGCUGGAGAGAAACAAAAUGCAGUGGGCCUCCCUCCUGCUGCUGGCCGGGCUCUGCUCCCUCUCCUGGGCCCAGUACGACGAAGAUCCCCACUGGUGGUUCCACUACCUCCGCAGCCAGCAGUCCACCUACUACGAUCCCUAUGACCCCUAUCCGUAUGAGCCCUACGAGCCCUACCCCUAUGGGGUGGAGGAGGGCCCAGCCUAUGCCUAUGGCUCUCCGCCCCCUCCAGAGCCCCGUGACUGCCCUCAGGAGUGCGACUGCCCACCCAACUUCCCCACAGCCAUGUACUGUGACAACCGCAACCUCAAGUAUCUGCCCUUUGUCCCUUCCCGCAUGAAGUACGUCUACUUCCAGAACAACCAGAUCUCGUCCAUCCAGGAAGGCGUCUUCGACAAUGCCACCGGGCUGCUCUGGAUUGCUCUCCAUGGCAACCAGAUCACCAGUGAUAAGGUGGGCAGGAAGAUCUUCUCCAAGCUGAAGCACCUGGAGAGGCUAUACCUGGACCACAACAACCUGACCCGGAUGCCCGGCCCGCUGCCUCGAUCCCUGAGGGAGCUCCAUCUCGACCACAACCAGAUAUCGAGUCCCAACAAUGCUCUGGAGGGGCUGGAGAACCUCACAGCCUUGUACCUCCAGCACAACGAGAUCCAGGAAGUGGGCAGUGCGAUGAGGGGCCUCCGGUCACUGAUCUUGCUGGACCUGAGUUACAACCACCUGCGGAAGGUGCCUGAUGGACUGCCCAUCGCCCUCGAGCAGCUGUACCUGGAGCACAACAAUGUCUACUCCGUCCCCGACAGCUACUUCCGGGGGUCACCCAAGCUGCUAUACGUGCGGCUGUCCCACAACAGUCUCACCAACAAUGGCUUGGCCUCCAACACCUUCAACUCCAGCAGCCUCCUUGAGCUUGACCUCUCCUACAACCAGCUGCAGAAGAUCCCCCCAGUCAACACCAACCUGGAGAAUCUCUACCUCCAAGGCAAUAGGAUCAAUGAGUUCUCCAUCAGCAGCUUCUGCACCGUGGUGGACGUCAUGAACUUCUCCAAGCUGCAGGUGCUUCGCCUGGACGGGAACGAGAUUAAGCGCAGCGCAAUGCCGGUGGACGCGCCCCUCUGCCUGCGCCUCGCCAGCCUCAUCGAAAUCUGAGUGGCCCUUGCACGGGGCACGGGGCCGAAGGCCCCCACGCCCCACUGCAUCUGGCUUGAUGGUUUGGUUUGGCUUUUGCUGGAAGGUCUGGGACAGACCAUGUGACAGAACUCCAUGGGCUCCCUCUGUAGUCUUCUUCCAUGUAGGCAGGGUCAGGUGGGAUCAGGGGACAGGCAGCCUUUUACUGAGGGACAUGGCUGCAGCUCUCUUUCCAGGACAGACGUGGUAGCAGAGGAAGUAAUCCCUGGAAGUCCCAACCCCAGACCCCUCACUACCCCCAGGUUCUUCCCAAUGAUCUGGCGUCAUGAACUUCAACAAGUCGCUUGGGCAACCGCACGACGCACGGAGCGUGCUUUCCCCACAAUCCCUGGCUCUCUCCGUGAGCAGCGCUUGACCGCUCUCCUGCGUGCCAGGCGGGUGGUGCAAUUACUCUGGGCUCCCUCUCAGUGCUCCUCGGAAUAUACCUCUUGCCCAACUGCCUCCUCCUUCACCCUCCUCAUCCACUCAGCCUUGCUGCACACACACCUCUUCUGUGCCUUGGGCAGAGGCAUGAGAGCCCAAGGCGUUUGGGCAUCAGCCCCGUGGCCUGUGCGGAGAAGUCACACUAGUGUCUGGGGGGGAAGGAAACCAAGAGUCACCUCUACACCUCCCUAACCUCACUCCUUGAAAGCCACCAGAUUGGAGGGCACCAGCAUGAUCACAAUAUUCAGGGACUGAUAUGGGAGGAGACAGCCAACCUGAGGCUUUCGUAAAUGGAGGGGUUGUAUUUUAGCAGCUGGGCAGUGCUUUGAAGGUGGAUCAGACUUCUGCCCAGGAAAGGCCAGAUCUUGCUUACAUCAGCAUCCCUCAUAGGGGCAAACGUCCCGAUUCGGCUGAAUUGAGGAAGCAGGCCCCCGAGUUCCACCCUUGCCCAACACUCUCUGUGUUCCCAGCCGCUCCUUACUCGGGUCUUUAUCCUCCAUGGCACGUGGUUCUGAAAGCAUGAGAAAGGUAGUGUGUCCUCUCCCUUUAUCCAAGCAGAAAGGUCGACAUCCUGAUGGGAGAAGCAGACUCCGGCCAGCCCUGGACGUGCCUGGCUAGCCCAAAAGAGGACGCUGUGGUUCAGCUGUGUUAAUUGAUUUGUCCUGAGGCCACAGUGCAUAGUGAAAACUCUGGCUGGAGAUGCUUGUUGGGUCUGCGAAGCCUGUGCCAGGCAGCCAAAUCUGGCCUGUGCCAAGGAUGAAACCCUCUGCUUUCACAUCUCUGAGCUACACCCUCAUUACUGAAGAUGCCUUUUGCUUUAUAGCUUGGCUGGAGAGCAAUUCCUUCUUCCCAUGUCUGAAAGGUAAUGAUGCCUGGGGCCUCACCAUCCCGCCCCUUUGGCACCAUUGGGAUGGAGCCAUCUGGGCAGUCAGGGACAGGGACUGCCUGAGGACAGCUAGCCCUAGCCUGGCCCCUGCUCAGAUGCCAUUACAUCCCUGAUACUGGGUACGCUUUGCUGGGAAGCAGAGGGGAGGAUCCCUGGACUAUGUGCUUGGCUCCAGACUCAAAAAUCCACAAAAGCCAAACCAGCUCAUUUCAACAAAGGAGCUCUGAUGUGGGGGGGCAAGGCUGCCCCUGCCCCAGGCUCUUCAGGAAGCGUCUGCAUGUGAACACCAUCAUGCCUCUAUAAAGGAUCCUUAUUACAGGAAAAGCAUGAGUGGUGGCUAACCUGACCAAUAAAGUUAUUUUAUGAU